AUGGUCAUCGCUCACUCCGCCGUCUUCGCACGCAGUCGACCAGACCGUCCACUCCUCAUUGAUUCGUUCGCUUCCUCUUCCACACAUCAACGUGCUGAGCUCGCAAGCGCUUCACACUUAUAUGGAUGCUCUGCUAAGUAUAUGGUGUCCGAGGAGCCAUGGAGCUCACUGCUAAAACACCAUUGGUGCCCUCCACACGGUUUGCCCUGGCAUUGA